GGGAGCCAAUCGGCGUCGUGGGCGCCGGAUUCGAAGCUGGCGGCGGGCAACGGUCGUCGGCUGAGGGGAGACGCGGCGCGAGUCGGGGCCGCUCGGUCGGGGGGUAGGAUGCGAAGAAAAAGUAGACACACUCAAAUCCUCUUUUUUACGUGAUUAAAAAAGACACCUACAUAAACAGGCCUUAAUGCAUUUACUUUUGACGCAAUGCCUGUUUUAUUGAGAUGAUUGGAAUCCCUUGAUCUUUUAAAGGUACAGCCAUGUCCCCACUUCCUUCUCCUAGAAGAAGAGAAAUGUCUUUGAAAGGUGUUCUCCUAAGCAACAUCCCUGGAGGUACGCCGUUAAAAGAUUUUGGGAAAUUUCAAGCGGAUUGCGUUCCUACUUCAGCAAUGAAGAAAACUACAUGGCCUUCAGGGGUUCCUGCCGGCCCAAAUCUUUGCUUGGAAAAAGAUGGCAAAAGAGGAAACGUUUUCCAGUCCACUUUAAUAGCUGGUGGUACUCAUGCUAAAGAAUUGCUUGACCUCAGCGAGAUAAAGCCAGUGUCUGAAGGACAACUGAAUCCGCUUGCCUCUUGUCCGAAACCGGAAGCUGUGCCACCGACAGGGAAUGCGGCCCUGAAACGUAAAGCUUGCGGGCAAUUAUCCCUGGAGUCUCCAGCAAAAGUCUUCGCAAGAAUGAAGACCAGGGCAGCUCUUGCUAAACAGCAGAAGUUGUCACAAGAGAAGAAAUUGUUAAAUGUAGACAUUACCACAGAUUAUAUCCUCACUCCUGAAAGGCAUCAUGCCCCUUUGGGAAGACAAGGCAAAAAAUCCACGGCUGAAGAUGAUAAGCCAAAGGAGAGGCUGGCUGAGGAGCCCCUUGGAAAGGCCAGGGAAGAACAAGUGCCCAGCCAUAUUGCAAAGAACAAAAAUGUUUGUUCUGCAGUAAUGAGCCCUCCAGUUUUGGAAUCCCCUCACAAAUUUUUCUCACGUGUAAAGCAGAAGCUGCAGCAGAAACCAUUGGAAAAAGUAGAUGCUUCAUCUUACCAAACCAAGCAAAAUGUCCCUCCUUCACCAGCAGUGAAGCAACCUUUAACUGUAUCCAGUUCACCCAAAAAACUAAAUAAUCUUAAUGAAGAUUGUCUAAACACUCCUGCCAGUGAGGAUGAUGAAUUUAUUGUGGAACCGGUUGAAUUGGACAAUGAAACUUUUAGCAUGGGAGUGAAUGUUAUAGACAUGAGCUUUGAUCUUGUUAAGCCUGGGGAAACCUUGGAAGAAAUGGAACCUGGAAGACUUCCUGAAGAAGGAAGAACAUCACAUCAGUCCAGUCAGAAACCUGCCCCAAGAGGGCAGCAGGAGUUGAAGGCUGGGCCUCAGACGCUUCCCCAACGUUUGUGCGAUAUUAUUUUUGCUACUCCAAAAGUCCAAAUACCAAGGAAGCAAAAACAAGUGGGGGCAAAUUCAAGCAGUGAUGACACAAACGAGGAGGAACAACAGAUGGUCUGCCUCAGUGGAUGGAGAAUCAAGGCGAUCAAUAACAAUACCGCUGUGUGCCUGGAAGGAAAACGGAGGGAUAUGAACGGCGUUUACUGGCAUAGCAAUGCCAUUGUGGAACGAAUGGCACCCAACAAAGUUAGAACUUCAUCUGGAAACGUCUACAAGUUAGAAGGGGGCGUUGACGCAAGCACCAUGAAGAAAGAAGGAAUGCCAGCUAAAUUCAUAAAGAGGUUUGAAUCUGGAAUUCCACAAAACUGGAAAAUGUAUGUUGAGGAUCUUCUUCGUUUUCUGAGGAGGAAAGAACAGAGAGCCUUCGCUGCAAGCAUGGAUAGCAAUGAAAGGGAGGACCCUGUGGAGAUGGAGGGCUUAGAAGACAUGCCCAGAAAAGUUGAGAGAAAAUCUAGAACGAAAAACACCACUUACGUGGCAACACUGCAAAGUAAUAGCAAGCUUGGUGUGCAGCCACAAACAUCUCUGCAGAACGGCAGAACUGACAGAAGUUGCACCCGCAGCGGCCGGCAGGUUAAGCCCCCUAUGCAGUUCUGGUGUGGGGAACGGAUGCUUGUCGAUCAGGCGCUGAAUGUCACUGUGACCAAAACAGGCACCAACUAUUUGACUCCUACAGUGAGCAGCGCACGACGUCAGGACAGGCGCAACAUCACGUCCCACGUGGAAAACAGAGAGGAUAGCUUGAAGGCUUGUGAAGAAGGACCUCCAAGCCAAGCAAAAGGAAGAACAAGACCUGAAACCACCAGACAAACUGAGCCUGCCAAGAAGCAAAAUGCCUGGCGCUUUAUUUCUGAUUCUGAAGAAAGUGACUAUGAAGCCACGCUCGCUGAUGCUCGCAAGAAGAAGGCUGUUGUUACCCUGACGCCACUGAACUAUAAAAAGCUGCAUGAAAAGGCCUCCAGAAAAAGCAGCCAGCCCAGGAGGAAACAAAACGUGCUGGCGCAGGGAGCGAAAGCAAAUUGCUACCAAAGAUGUUUAGCCGAAAGCUCCAUGCCAAGCGAAGAUGAAUCUAGCGAAGAAAUGCAGUGUAUCCGGAGGAAGGUCCAGCCCACUCUCAAAAGAGGGCCACCCAACAGACAGCAAAGUGAGACGAGGAAGCAGCUGUUGGAGCCAAGAGGGUCAGAGUCUCCUCCAGCCCCUUCUCAAGGCAGAAAGUGGAGGGUUGCUCAGCCCUCUGGGAAGCAAAAGAAGUUGGAAGAGCCAACUUCUCCAGACUUGGCUAGCAGUACUCAGGGGUCACUCAGAAGGAUGGCAAAGUUCAGGAAGUACAGCCCUGAAUCCGAGUCCGAAAGUGAAACGAGUGUUAAAGAGUUUCAAGUGAAAAGGGAAAACUUGAAGGCCCAAAGAGCCAACAGUGAAAUUUCUAAUACUGCCAAGUCCUUGGCUUUUCCCCGAAAGACGCCUGGGAAGAAGCUACUAGGGAAGGGUGGGGAUUCUUUCCCAGAUGUUAACGGAGAUUGGACUGAAAAGGAACUGCAGAAACUACACAGGGCUUUGGCUUCUUUGCCCAAACACAAGAGUGACUUCUGGCUGCUUGUGUCAACGGCUGUGGGGACACGAUCUGUUGAAGAGUGCCAGCAAAGGUACAUGGAAGAGCAGGAAAGCCACAAGAGGGCCCCAAAGAGGACCACCAAGCGGAGAAAGGAAGAAAGAGAGGAGGGGGCGAAGCAGCCAGUGGCCGUUGUUGCAAAAGUGGGAACGCUGAAAAGAAAGCAGCAGAUGCGGGACUUCCUGGAACAGAUGCCAAAGGACAACCACGACGACAUCUUCGCUACAACCCCUUUUCAGAACAGGAACACAAAGUUACCACAGUUUCGUACCGUCCCAGAGGAAGAUGUCUUCCAGUUGAAAGACAGCCACCCCAUCACACCCUCUUCGGCCAUCUUUCCAUUGGUGAAGACCCCUCAGUGUGAGCACAUCAGCCCUGGCAUGCUGGAAUCCCUGGACAGGGACUACGAAAAGCGUGUGUUCCAUCUGCAAAGGAACAUCAAAGGCAAGGAGCGCACCUGGCACAACGUGAAGAAGAAACAGGCUGGGACCGUGUUCACCACUCCCAACUCUCGAAGAACGACCGUCUUUGCCUUUGAUGAGCAUAUCAGAGACACCUUGGCUCCAGCUGGGGCAGGGCAGCUCUUCCAAGAGGAUGAAGAGAUGCUAUCCGAUGAAGAAGAGGACUUGUAUUUUUCCACGUAGGCAGCAGCCGCCUGCCUGCCUGCAUCUGCAAAGGGCAGUUUGCUAACAGGUCUCAAGUCACCUUCACAAAGCCAAAAGUGUUUCUCAAGCCUUUAUUUCUAUGACUUACGAAAAGGCUUUAGAGUAUUGCAUUCCAUCUUUCUGGAGCUGUGUUAAGGUGCUGCUCAGGUGUUCAGAAUACAAAGAUGUCUGCUGCUGCUGCUGCUGCUGCUG